CAGUUCAUCCAAGAUGUCGGYCUUGAAGCAAGAGCUGCCACGAAAAGGUGGUUAUGCUCCCAUCGAUUUUGCGAAGAAUCUGCCAAAACGAGGCCCUUCUGGAUAUCUUGUUAUACUUGGAGGGGGUUUAGUUAUGUCAUUUGGUUUUGCUAUGGUUGUUCGUGGGAAUAGACAGAGGUGCGAAUUAAGAAAGGAACAGCUACAAGCCAGGAUUGCAUUACUGCCAGUAUUACAAGCAGAAAGUGACAGAAGAAUCCUUAAAGCUCUCAAAGAGAAUGAGAGAGAUGAAGAACUGAUAAUGAAAGAUGUGAAAGACUGGACUGUUGGUGAAAGUGUAUAUAACACAUCCAAGUGGGUGACACCAAUGCCUGAGCAGAUAUUAAAACUAUGAACUUUACKACUUUGAGCUCUUAACUUUUUAUGCAUCAAAACAAGUGUAUUUGUGUGGACUAAUAAAUCAAUGAACAAAAUAUUCAACAUAUUAUAUCAGUGAAAAAAAGUUA